CGAUUACUGGCCAUUGGAGAAAUAACAUGCCGACGCCGCCGCCCUCCCAAUAGAAGUGUCACUUGGACGGGGGAUUUUCCCCGGAGCUUUGGAAAAAUGCGAAGGAUCUUGCGACGCCAUAGAAUGCGCGAGUAGUAAUAACUCCUAGACCCCUCAGCGCGACCAACUAGAGGAGCACGCAAAGUCAUGGCCGCUCACUCGAGGUAUGCUAAACUAAUGCAGUCCAGAUAAGCAUCUCGCUGAGCUGGCUGAUGAUCGAUAAGGGGAAAGCGAUAGAAAAAAUCGCGCUCUCCGAGUGAUCAUUUUAUCGCCAAGAAAUACUAUCUUGCGGCCUUACUUUUGGAUCGGGCGCCAACACCACGCUUGGGAUAACUUUAUUUAUGCGCUGGGUUUCAGUGAGAAUGUGCUGGUGAGGGGUUGUGCGGCGAAUAUUUUUGGACAGCCCGGUACAGAGAGAUUUUUUUACAGCGAAGCCCUGAGUGCUCGGUCAGCCGCCAAGAAAGAUGGGAAGGCUGCGAAAUUGAAUGCUGCAGGAGAGCCCUUCUUGUUCUACGGCUGCCUUUGCUUGAGUCAUCUAUCGGGAGGGGUUAUCACAGUGUUCCAACCCCGCCUGUCAAAUACCAACUCUGUCGCACUUUCCACGGCACCGCACAGAUACAGUGGACACACAAAUAGAACGAACAGGCACGGUACUGAGAUAUGGCAAACCUACAGGCAUGGCAUUACGGGGCUCGAGAGGAUGGUCACUACGCCCGGCAUAGCGAUGAACCAAACUCUCCAGUUUCUCCAAUCUCUCCGAGCCCAUACAACACACAACUCACGCCCCCUGGGUCGGGUUAUGUAGACGCCUCAGGAUAUGGCUACAACCAAUCUCCACCAACACACCCGCCACCGUCAUACCCAACCCAAGCAUCAGAAUAUCAGAGCUCGGACACCUAUCUAAGCCCUGGCGCGCGGGGCUAUCUCCAGACGUUUGGGGGAACAUCCGCUGCAGUGCUUACUCACUCCCGCCCCUCUUCAGAGCACGGCAAAUAUCCGUACGAGACAAGUACCGCCACUGCCGGCGAAUACCCGAACUACGACUCACGGGAUCCACCACUGAACUACGACCCCGCAAACCCACCGCCAGGGGGUGAUCGUGGUUUGGGGUCCAUGAUGGUGGGCGCGGCGGGCGAGCGCUUCAUGCAUCACUCUGGAGGAUCGUUCCUGGGCGCGGCAACUGGGGCAUUAGCGGCGGGCGUUGUUGGAUACGAGGUGGGGAAGCACAGGAAGAAGAAGAAGGAAAGGUCUAAGGAGAAGAAGGAAAGGGCUAAGGAGAAGAAGGAGAAGAAGGAGAAGAAGAAGAGAGCAAAAAAUGAUGAGUACGAGAAGCGUGAGAAGCAUGAGAGACGUGAAAAGAAGGAGAGGAGAGAGAAGAUAGAAGGGCAUUCCGGGCACGACUCCUCCUUCAAGAAAGAGGGUCGCCAUCGACACGAUUCCUCCAGCUCGAGCUCUGGUGGUGGAGCCUAUCACACGCAUAGCCAUGCCAGUAGCCACGCCAGUAGCCAUUCGCACAAACACAGUAGCAGUCACCGGACGCAUGGUGGGAGUGCGGACGAGAAGAAGAGUGGGGCGUUGAGUGGGUUAUAUGCCUAUGGUUACUCGACGGGUGGUGGGCAUGUCUUUAGCAGGCGGAAGGGCGAGAGGGAUAGGUUUAGAAAAUCUAGACACCACUCGAGGCACGGGAGCGUGAGUAGUUAUAGCUCCAGUUCGAGCUCCAGUUCUAGCUCGUCUUCGUCGUCGUCUUCCUCCUCUUGCGACUCUAGUUAAUCUGGUACCGUAGUGUUCCGGUGCUGCGGAUGAGUUAGCGAGUGAUGCGAUUUCGGUUCCAAUUUUUCUCCCUUGAAUACUUUUUUCCUCUCUCCAUUCCCCAAAUCCCUUUGGACUAGAUGUAUGGCUUUUUCCGGUACGAGAUUGGGUCGGUCGGUCGGGUACCGGUGCGGGGCGAGGCCUUUUCUUUAUACAUUUAUUAAAUUUUAUUAUUCUUACUUUCUAUUCUUACUCAUGACGUCUUCAUUUCCCCAGUUCCCGAGUGGGCUACAGUAUGAUACUGUGUCGUGUUUCUUAUCUUACUACCCUAGCAUAGCAUUCUUAAGCAGUUUAACGAAA